CUGGAUUCAAAAGCCUGGCUUGGUCGGGACUUUAAAUUGCAGCAUAUCUCUAUAUCUUAUUAAAAUAGCUUUAGGUGUUUUUUAAUUUUAAUUCUCCCCUUCACCAAACUGACCUAUUGUGAUCAAUGGUGUGUUUGCUCAUGCUAGGAAAACAUUAGCAUAAUUUUUGACCUGUCUUCUUAAAAUACAGUCGUGCCAACUCUUCCUAACUUCAUAACUCUGUAGCCUCUUUUCCCGCACAGCCUGGACAAAUAUCUCCUCUUGCUGUUCUUGGACUGUUGCAACCGUGACUUUGCUUCCUGGGUCUCUGUUGCAACUGUUCUCUCAGCUUUCAGAGUUGCUUAAAGUCUCUUCCUGUGGCAGCCGCGUCAACAGAGGAGCCUUCAGAAUAUUUUUCUGCUCCUCGGGGAGGUGAGAGGAGACGAGGGGGCGUCUUCUUCACCCUAGAUGUAUUAACCAGGUACACAGCUCAAUCAGUUUCAUUUCUAGCCUUUAAAAAAAACACAAAAACAUACAGGGAGGAAGGGAAGACGUGGAAAGGAGCCCUCUGGGGGGCUCCCGAAAAACAGAAGCGGUGUUUUUUUCUUUCCUGUUAAACGAAUAAAUAUGCAAACACAAUGCUCUGUGGCCCCGCUUCCACGGCUCCCGAGCAGAGGCCUGCGGCAGGCAUCCAGGGAGGUCCCAGCAGCGGCUGCGGUCCCGCCCCGCUCCUCUGCGCUCCGCCAGGCCGCUUGCUUUUCCCGGCUCUCACCAGAGAGGCACACGCGCUCCGUCCGUCCCUUCCCGCGGCAGGCGGAGGGAAGAGAAAGGGUCUGUUGUUUUCCUCUCUUCCUUUCUGCCGCUCACCGGGCUGCUGACCGGCUCAGACAGCCCUGAUGGAAAUCCGCCGCGGCUGAGCAGGCCCCUCCUCCUCCAGGGACCUCGUCCUCGGCUAAUUUGUCUUUGUCCCGACCGAGGGAAAGAAGAACAAGAAAAACCACAAACUUCCUUUGAAAACCAGUUUGCAGGCAGGGCCUGGAGCGCACGCCGGAGUCCCGGUCACUCGGCCAUCCUGAAGCCGCCGGGAGGCCCCCGGAGCGCCGGGGCGGGCUGCCUCCUGCUUGCCCUCGCCCCCCACCCUCCUCCGGCGUCCCCGGUGCUGGGCGUGAGUCCGGAAGUGGUCACGACCCAAGCGGGGCGCCGCGCGAGUAAGCCCGUGUCAAGCCGUGUAAGCUCCGGGGCUGACAGCUGGGAGCAGCUGGCGCAGGCAGCAGCGCCCCUCGACGAUGUCCCCUCCUCCAGCGUCGAACCGCCAGAAUUGAGUCCUCUCCCGGUCCCGGAACCGCAUCCACCUCUUUAAGAGAAGCCAGUUCCACCCAGUGUCUUCCAUCCCUUCCCAGCCUGGCAGCCCAGGUCCUAGCAAUUCCAUCCGGUCACAGCAAGUUCGAGGCAGAAAGAGCUGAAGCCUUCUGUUUACACAUGCUCAGAAAAGCUGAAUCCGGAGCCAGAGUGGCCUUCCACACUGUUCACUUCCCAGGUUUUUCUCGUUCCCUUUGCUCUGUAACUCAAUGAUCUUAUUGGCCGGGUCUCUCUUCUGCAUAUCAGAGUCACCUAAGCAAGGUCCCUGAGGUCAAGAAAGGCCUUCGUCCCCCUCAGUGGGACUCUAACCUCACUAUGGAACAAGCUCAGGCGGAGCCCCCAGUCCCCAGCAAGGCCAGUAGUGCAGAAACUGGUGAAUCUGAAAAACAGGAGGCCCUGUCCGGACCAGAGAAGCACCCUCCGGACGACCCUCAGGACAAGGGUGAUGCAGAGGCUGAUGGGGCAGCUGGAGAACGGGAGCCAGGGGACCAAGCUUUGCCACCAGCCCAGGAUGGGGAGAAUCUCGAGUGCCCUCCUCCUGAAGCCAGCUCAAGUCCGUGUGGGGCACCAUCUGAGGUACAGACAGUAGAGACGUGUUCUAGGCCACAGGAGCUUCCCCAGUCCCCCAGGACCCUACAGCCUGAUGUAGAUUUCUACUGUGUCAAGUGGAUCCCCUGGAAGGGAGAACAGACCCCCAUCAUCACCCAGAGCACCAAUGGCCCAUGUCCUCUGCUGGCCAUCAUGAACAUCCUCUUUCUUCAGUGGAAGGUGAAGCUGCCCCCUCAGAAGGAAAUGAUCACAUCAGAUGAGCUCAUGACACAUCUUGGAAACUGCCUCCUAUCCAUCAAGCCCCAGGAGAAGUCUGAGGGCCUUCAGCUUAACUUUCAGCAGAAUGUGGAUGACGCCAUGACCGUGCUCCCUAAACUGGCCACAGGUCUGGAUGUCAACGUGCGAUUCACAGGCGUCUCUGACUUUGAGUACACACCCGAAUGUAGCAUCUUUGACUUGCUGGGCAUACCUCUGUACCAUGGCUGGCUCGUUGAUCCACAGAGUCCUGAGGCUGUGAGUGCUGUUGGGAAACUGAGUUACAACCAGCUGGUAGAGAAGAUCAUCACCUGUAAACACUCCAGUGACCCCAACCUCGUGACAGAAGGCUUGAUUGCAGAGCAGUUCCUGGAGACCACUGCGGCGCAGCUGACCUACCAUGGCCUGUGUGAGCUUACAGCAUCUGCUAAGGAAGAUGAACUCAGUGUCUUUUUUCGAAACAACCACUUUAGCACGAUGACUAAGCACAAGAGUCACUUGUACCUACUGGUCACUGACCAGGGUUUUCUUCAGGAGGAGCAGGUGGUGUGGGAGAGCCUGCAUAACGUGGAUGGCGACAGUUGCUUCUGUGACUCUGACUUCCACCUAAGUCACUCCCUAGGCAAAAGCCAUGGAGCCGAAGGUGGGGGCGGCUCUCCAGAGAAGCAGCUGCAGGUGGACCAGGACUAUCUUAUUGCCUUAUCCCUACAACAGCAGCAGCAGCCACAAGGCAUGCUGGGUCUUAGCGACCUGGAACUGGCCCAACAGCUCCAACAAGAGGAGUACCAGCAGCAACAGGCCGUUCCACCUGCGCCAGCCAGGGCCCCUUCUCCCCAGGGGAGAGGAACCACAUCUGGACGCCCAGCUGGAGAGCGGCGGCAGAGGUCAAAGCCUGAGUCAGACUGUGUUCUGCUCUAACUGUAACAGCGUGGACCCGCCCCUCCUGUCAGGCUGUG